GUUAUACCCGGGUUCAAAGGUUCCUGGGUGUUCUCCUUCAUAAUCUACGUUGACGUCUGUCCACAUUCUGGGACAUGGACACAACCUUUAGCAGUAGUAAUAUUUGUUUUUUAAUACCUAGCUAGUAAAGACAAGGAUCGUUGGGAAAAUAAGAAGUGGCUGGAUUGGUUGAAGACUCUGGUUGAGGCUUGUUGGCCAGUGAAUGCAUAGUGUGAAGAGGGUCAAACUUGGAGACAAAACAGAAGGUUACUGGAAAAGUUGUUUAGAAGGGAAUAUGACGGCGGUGGACGGGCUAACAGACAGCACAGAGGGGGUGGAGAUGGAGGACGUCCCGUCUCAGUUCUACGUGGAGAAGCACUCGUGGGGCGGCCUGCGUGACAUCAUCCACAGCAGCAGGAAGUACUCAGGAAUGAUCGCCAACAAAGCGCCCCAUGACUUCCAGUUUGUGCAGAAAAACGAUGAGUCAGGCCCCUACUCCCAUCGACUGUACUACCUCGGAAUGCCUUAUGGAAGUAGAGAGAACUCACUGCUCUACUCGGAAAUCCCCAAGAAGAUCCGGAAAGGGGCCCUCUUGGUGUUGUCGUGGAAACAGAUGCUGGAUCACUUCCAGGCCACGCCGCACCAGGGGGCCUAUUCCCGGGAAGAGGAGCUCCUUAGGGAGCGGAAGCGCCUGGGAGCGUUUGGGAUCACUUCCUAUGACUACAACACCCAGACCGGCCUGUUCCUCUUCCAGGCCAGCAAUAGCCUCUUCUAUUGCCAGGACGGGGGCAACAAUGGCUUCAUCCAGUCUGCGCCCAUGAAGCCAGUGGAGAUUAAGACACAGUGCUCAGGGACCCGCAUGGACCCCAAGAUCUCCCCAGGAGAGCCCAACAUCAUUGCUUUCAUCAACAACAACGACCUGUGGCUGGCUAACAUUAAGUCUGGGGAGGAGAGGAGACUCACCUUCUGUCACAAAGGUCUGGAUAAUGUGAAGGAGGACCCCAAGUCUGCGGGCGUGGCCACGUUUGUGAUCCAGGAGGAGUUUGACCGCUUCACUGGCUACUGGUGGAGUCCCUUAGCCGUAGAGGACUCGGAUGGGGGGAAAACCCUGCACCUGCUGUAUGAAGAGGUGGAUGAGACUGAGGUAGAGAUUAUUCAUGUUCCCUCUCCAGCCCUGGAGGAGCGGAAGGCCGACGCCUACAGAUACCCCCGCACAGGCAGUAAAAAUCCUCAAACCACCCUGAAACUGGCUCAGAUAAAGACUGACAAACAAGGCCAAAUCGUGAGCACACAAGACAAGGAGCUGGUUCUCCCCUUCACCUCCCUGUUCCCUGGGACGGAGUACAUCUCCCGCGCAGGAUGGACGACUGAUGGCAAAUAUGGUUGGGCCGUGCUGCUGGACCGCAGUCAGAGGAGGCUCCAGCUGGUGCUGCUGCCCCCGGCCCUCUUCAUCCCCGUCACAGACGACCCGGCCCAGAGGCAGAAGAACCUGGAGGCUGUGCCCGUGGACGUCCACCCCUACAUCGUCUAUGAGGAGACCACCGACAUCUGGAUCAAUGUUCAUGAUAUUUUCUAUCCAUUCGUUCAAACGUCAGAGGAUGAGUUCUCUUUCAUAUGGGUGAAUGAAUCCAAAACGGGCUUCAGCCAUCUGUAUAAAAACACAUCAAUAUUGCAACCAGGCUGCUACCAAUGGUCAGGAAACUACGAACACACAGAGGGAGACUUUAAAUGUGCAAUCAAGGAGGAGGUGACUCUGACCAGUGGGGAGUGGGAGGUUUUGGCCAAGCAUGGCUCCAAGAUCUGGGUGAAUGAGGCCUCUAAGCUGGUGUACUUCCAGGGCACUAGAGACACUCCUCUGGAGCACCACCUCUAUGUGGUCAGCUAUGAGUCCCCAGGAGAUGUGGUCAGACUCACCAAGCCUGGCUUCUCCCACAGCUGCUCCGUCAGCAAGGACUUUGACAUGUUUGUCAGCCACUACAGUAGCGUGAGCACUCCCCCCUGCCUCCACAUCUACAAGCUGACUGGCCCAGAGGGAGACCCUCUCCACAUGGUGCCGGAGUUCUGGGCCAGCAUGAUGGAAGCCCCAGGUUGCCCAGCAGACUAUAAAUCUCCAGAAAUCUUUGACUUCCCGGGAAAGUCAGGCUUCCAGCUCUAUGGAAUGGUGUACAAGCCUCACAACCUCCAGCCUGGCAAGAAGCAUCCCACAGUCCUCUUUGUCUACGGUGGCCCGCAGGUCCAGUUGGUGAAUAACUCCUUCAAGGGGAUGAAGUACCUGCGUCUCAACACCCUCGCCUCUCUGGGAUACGUUGUGGUGGUCAUCGAUGGGAGGGGCUCCUGUCAGAGAGGCCUGAAGUUUGAAGGGGCUCUGAAAAACAAAAUGGGCCAGGUGGAGAUUGAGGACCAGGUGGAGGGGCUUCAGUACGUGUCAGAGAGGUUCAACUUUGUGGACCUGAGUCGCGUGGCCAUCCACGGCUGGUCCUACGGAGGCUUUCUCUCCCUCAUGGGCCUCAUCCAGAGACCCAACGUCUUCAAGGUGGCCAUAGCGGGCGCUCCGGUGACGGUGUGGAUGGCGUACGACACGGGCUACACAGAGCGCUACAUGGACACCCCUGAUAACAACCAACAGGGCUACGAGGAGGGCUCCGUGGCGCUGCAUGUGGACAAGCUGCCCAGCGAGCCAAACCGCUUGCUGAUUUUACAUGGAUUCCUUGAUGAGAAUGUUCACUUUUUCCAUACCAACUUCCUGGUGUCACAAAUAAUCCGCGCUGGGAAGCCAUAUCAGCUACAGGUCUACCCCAAUGAGCGACACAGUAUUCGAUGCCCAGAGUCAGGAGAGCACUAUGAGAUCAUGCUGCUGCACUUUCUACAACAAUACCUCUGAAACCGGGGGUGAAGGUCAACCUCCCCCUCCACCCCAUACUGAAACCAACUCUAUACCCCCUCAACCCGGGCAUAAAGACCACCUCUCUGCAGCCACACCCACCUACCCCCCAUUUUACCAUGGACUGACGAUCUCACUCCAUUAUACCUCCACCUCUCUCCGUCGCUUGCUAUCUCUCUCUCUCUCUCUCUCUUCUAUUCUUAAAUUCUCUCGCUACUGCAUUAGGGUGGGGUGCAGUUACCUAAGGAGAUCCAAGGCAGUGUUGUCAAGGCAGUGUUGUCAAGUUUCACCUCGGACCGUGGAAUGAAACGGGAUAUACAUUAUCUGGAGGCUGUGUCACAAUCCCUCUCUAAUUGUCUUCCCUUUCUCUGGAUUGUUUUGCCAAAUGUUUUUAUUUUCCCUCCAUUUUAUUCACUCAAGUCAGUGGUAGGAUUGUCCGCACACACACACACACACACACACACAGCAUAUUGGAGUUGGUGUAAUGGCUAGAGGAAGAAACCCUGCCUCUACUUGCGUUCAUUUACUAUUUUAAGUGUGUAUUGUUAAAAGAAAAUAUUUUUAUGGAUUCUUAUUCUUUUAUAAUGAGUGUCAAAUGAAGUCGCUCAUUGAAGUCAUUUUUGCGUCCUUUCUCUCCUCACGUUGCAUUGGUGUCAGCCUUCUGAAGACAUACGAUGUGCCAAAGGACAUCUUGACUUGAUCGUGCUGGUAUUUCCUUUUUUUUACGGCAAUAACGAUAUGAGUAUGAGCAGCCGAGUCUUAAACAGCUUUUUACUACCUGAAUAAAAUGGAUACAUGAUGAUGCUGAAUAAAUAAGUGUAUGAUGAA